CCCACCUUCCCUCCUCCUCCCCAAAAGCCUCCCACCAUCUUCUUCUCCAUCCCACUCCACUGCCCAGGAGAAGAAAGACAACAGCUUGUUCCCAUGGUUAGGCCGCAGCCGCGAUAUCGAGGCGUUCGACAGCGGCAGUGGGGCUCCUGGGUCUCGGAGAUUCGUCAUCCGCUGCUGAAGACGAGGAUUUGGCUGGGCACGUUUGAGACCGCAGAGGACGCCGCAAGAGCCUACGACGAAGCUGCGAGGCUCGUCGCCGGUCCGAGAGCAAGAACCAACUUCCCCUUCAAUCCCAACUCCGCCUCUUCUUCGUCCGAGACCAACUACUUAUCGGCCGCGCUUACUGCGAAGCUACACCGCUGCAACCUGGCGUCUCUUGAAGCAGCACCUCAGCCCGUCGUGAGGAACUCACCGGCGCUCAAGGUGUCGGUCUCCGUCGUUGAUCGGCCCAAGAACAAGAUGACGGUGGCCGUGGAGCAACCGGUAUAUCCUAACUGGAUCAUGAAAGAGAGUGGUAGUGAUGAGGUUGAGUUCAGCUACUUGGAGGAGCAUCAGGUCGAGCAGAUGAUAGAGGAGCUGCUUGACUCCAACCUCGGCGUGGAGCUCUGCUACGCUUCUCUGUAGUCACCUUUUGCUCUUCUCGUUUGCAUUCAGAAUACAAUCCCCCGCUUAUUUGGUGCGGGAUUUGAGGAC